ACAAAGGCUUGAAGAGCGGCGAAUAACAACGAAAAUCCGAGUGAAAACAGUGAGGAAUUUUCCUUUUUUCUUACGACCAAAACAACUUUUGAAGUAAAGUUAUCUAAAGUUUUCGAACUUUCUGGUGCUUACUUUCAGUUAAAGUAUCUCACUGUAACGUAAUAUGUUCGCUACGAGUAACGUGUGAUCGAUUAAAUCGACUUUAACCCUUAAAAUUAGGAUGAUAAGUUCAGUGUUGACAAUGGAAAAUACAUUCUCGGAUCAGUGAAAGACGUAAAAUAAUUAAUAAUCAUGGAAAUACCAACGAGAGAAGAUUUUGGAAUGGUGUGGAUGGGUGACAUGCUGUUGCAAAAUGAAUCAGGCGAUUUAAUGAUGGAGCAAGCAACAGAUGCCGGAUUCUUCGUCGACGCGAGUUCCCAAUCUUUAGCCGAAGAAGGAUGUCGUACGCAGAUGGGUAUGGAAGGAUUCAUGAUGCUGGAAGAUUUAGACGAUUCACGCUGGUACGUGAAUGGAAUGCCUGAAGAAAUGAUGCUCGACGGAGAUGCUUCGAAUCCUUCGUCCAAGGUUGUAAAUACGUCCACGCAAACCGGUAUUUCGAACGCUCCUCCAGGAUCACGAAAAAUUAAACCAGUCAAGCACCCUGGACUCAAACUGCAAACUCCUAUCGCUUACCAGAGAGACACAGAUCUGAAUGUUAUUCCUAUUCAGAAAGAUGGCAGAGCUGUUUGCAAAAAAUGUGGCGCUAUCGGAGUCAAACACGCGUUCUACACUAGAGAAAGACGCUACUGUAGUUUAGCCUGUGCUCGCGGUUCAGACGAUAACGAUGCCGGAACUCAGAACGAUACUGGAAGCCAAGAAAUGCUGCAAUCUCCUACUAACUCUCAGUGGUCUCCAGAUGAGCUACCAACCACUCCGGUAUCUGUACCUGUCGCUUUACCACCGACGAACACUCAGUCACCUCAGCAAACCGCUCCAUUUACUGCAAUAAACAGCGCGACGACAUCGUACGUCGUUCCACAACAACCUACACCUCAGGCAUCUCAAUUACCACAUCAAAAUAUAUCUGAACUUCAGUUACCACCUGUAUUUAUUUUACCACCAGACGAGCCCCCGUUCCCUUCGGAAAAGCGAUCGUCUAAUUUGGCCUAUAGCUACGAUUGGACUGCGCAAUUGACUGAUCCGUAUUUUAAAGCUGCUCCUACCUCUUGUUUUAAACACGCACCUAUGGCUGAUUAUUGGGAUAUCGACGUUGGUUUGAAAGUCGAAGUUGAGAAUACCGAUAGUUACGAUUACUCUGAAGAAUUUCCCAAUUCGUUUUGGAUUGCUUCUGUCCUACGUGUUGAAGGAUACAAAGCCCUUCUCAGAUACGAAGGUUUUAUUAGCGAUGGGAGCAAAGACUUUUGGGUGAAUUUAUGCUCGUCUUCCGUUCAUCCUAUUGGCUGGAGCGCUCUUCGAGGGAAACCAUUGAUACCUCCUAAAUCUAUUAAAGAUAAGUAUUCGAAUUGGAAGGAGUUCUUGAAACGCCGUCUCACCGGAGCCCGAACCUUGCCUUCGAAUUUCUACUCCAAAGUACACGAGAGUAUGAAAUCUCGAUUCAGAUGUGAUUUAACAGUCGAGGUGGUCGAUAAAGAUCGUAUUUCUCAGGUCAAAGUAGCCACUAUCGAUAAAAUAGUCGGUAAACGGCUUCAAUUACGGUAUUACGAUUCGAAACCGAGCGUAGCCGAUGUAUUUUGGUGCCAUGAAGAUUCGCCUUUGAUCCAUCCAGUCGGUUGGGCUAAACGGAUAGGUCAACGGUUAGAUUGCUCACCAGAGUACCGAGAUCGUAUAAUGAAAGGGUUGAGAGAGAAAGACGACUCGACUGCUGAUUUAUUCGCCAUACCUGAACGGUUUCCAUUACCAGCGAAUUGCUUUUUCCGUAAAGGGAUGAAAUUGGAAGCUAUAGAUCCGUUGAAUUUGGCCGAUAUUUGCGUAGCUACCAUCAUGGAAGUGCUUAACGAAGGAUAUUUGAUGAUUUGUGUCGAUUUCUGGAACGAUCAGCAUCCGUCGACCGAAGACUGGUUCUGUUAUCAUAUGACCUCGCCUUGUAUAUUCCCAGCUGGUUUUUGCGCUUCGAACGAUAUCCCUUUGACACCUCCGAAAGAUUAUAAUAAAUCCGAUUUUGACUGGAAUCGAUACCUACAAGAAACCGGUUGCAUUGCUGCGCCUGCUCAAUUGUUUAAUCAGGACAUACCAGACCACGGACUCGAAGUCGGUAUGAAGUUAGAAUCGGCCGAUUUAAUGAAUCCUCGACUCGUAUGUGUUGCUACAAUCGUGCGCGUCGUCGGCAGACUGCUACGUGUACACUUUGACGGAUGGGAGAAGGAAUUCGAUCAAUGGGUAGAUUGUAACAGUUGCGACAUUUAUCCAGUCGGUUGGUGUGAAUUAGUAUCCCAUAAAUUGGAACCACCGUUCAGCGAAGCUAAACCGUUACCAUGUGGUAACCGAACGGGAGGAUCUCGUAAACGACGCGGUAAAGCUACGGGUAAUACGCCGACGAAAACACCUCAGUUAACCGAAGAGCUGAAAAUCAGCGAGUUUAGAACGAUGAGAGCGGAAGAAUUCGAGAAUUUGCCUGACCAUGGAUCUGAAAGCUUUAAUGUACCACCUCCUGAUACUUCUGCGAUUGAUAAGCAGAAGAGACCGUACCAGCAGGAGUGGAUAUCGAAUGCGCAAACAUCGAGUCAACAGAACGUCUCGCCAUCGACGGCUAAAAAUACCAAGAGUACCAUUUUAGUGGAGCAGAAUAAUUGCACUCCGGGCAAAAGUAAACUAAUACCUCGACUAUCGGAUUGCAAAAGUAAAGCUAUAUCUAUUCGACCGGAUACAUGGGACGUGGAAGAUGUCGCCGAAUUCUUGAAAACCAACGACUGCGCUACCUAUUGCGACGCUUUCAUCAAAAAAGGUAUCAAUGGUAGAAAACUACUCGAGUUGAGUAAAGACGAAGUACACAGUUUGGCCGGUAUGAAAGUAGGUCCUUCGUUGAAAAUACAAAAUCUAAUCAACCAGCUGAUCAUGAAGGUGAACCCGGCUCAUAUGAGGCGUAACAAAUCAUCUUUAAAGACUGUUUUAUGAUAUCUAUUCGUAAUAUUUUCCGGAGCAUAGUCGCGACGAGAAAGAAGUAAACUAAAAAGCAUGAUAGGGUUUUAGCGAGUUUAACGAAUCGAUGGUACUUUCAUUUACACAUAAGAAUGCUUUCUCGAAAUACGAAUUAUUAUUUUUAUAAGAUAGUCGUCGAAAGGUCUCAAGUUUUGAUGACGAUUUGUGUAUAGUAACGUUUGUUUUAGCUUUCUUUUUAUCAUCCAGUUAAUGUUGAAAAAUUUUAAUCUACCUAAGCCUUAGAUUCAUCGAAAAUGUUUUAGAACUUUAAAAUAAAUAGAAAACAUUGAAAAAUGAUUAGUCUAUGUGUAUAAGGUGUAUAAAGAGAAAUCAAGAGUUAAAUUUUAAGAAUCGUAUUUAUCAAUAAGGUAUUUGAGAUAACGGAACGUGUUAUCGUUGGCUAAGAACGGUGUAUUACUAAUUUUUAAGCGUGUGAAAAUGAGAAACAAGCUAACUGAUUCGAAUCGGUACGAUGCAAAUGGGUUGUUUGUUUUUAUGUAUGUAGGUAAUCGUAUUGGAACGUUGAUCUUUUUGAUUUUCAAGAUGGGUAUUUUUAUUUUUUAUAUUCUUUUGAAAAGCGUAUCUACUCAGUUAUAUGGUAAUUUAUUUUUAUCAGCAUGUUCUUUCCUUCAGUUCUUAUAAUUUUAAGUCAUGAUUUUCUUUUCUUUUUUUUAAAUAUUUAUUUUAACUCGAACAGUAUCGUUCGUUUUAAAACAUCAGGGUAUCGGAGAUUAUAGUUGGCGAUUUUUUCCCCUCCUCGUACCAUUCAGGUAGAUUGAAACGAUUAUUGGGUUUUAAACAAUAAUAUGUAGGUUUAGGUGUGUUUUAAACCAGUCGACCUUUUUUUUUUUACAAAGGUGGUUUUAUUUUUCGUACGUCGAAAUUACGUAUUUCUAUAUAAUAGUGUAAUGUCGAUUACAAACGAAAAUGAAAAUAGUACGAAGUAAAUGAUGAAAUGUGAUGUGUAGUUAAAGUUUUUAAUUUAUAUGAUAUUUUUUUUCUUCUUGCGAUAAGAUGUAUAUUUGUAUUUUAUAAACUAUCGCGUAUUGAAAAUAUUAAAUUCGGUGAUUAUUACGAUAAUAGUAACAAUAGGUGCAUAGAGUAUGUUUUAACGCACUUCCAACUCCCAUCACUAAGGUUCAGUAUUUUUUCUCGUCUUGGAGAAAGUAAAAAACUUUGAAAUUUUGGA